GUCAUUACGAUCGACGAUCACGUCAAAUACACAAGUGAAUCAGUACUUUGUAAUUCGUGCAGAAUAUUGAGCUGAAAAAAAGCAAAACGCAAGGAUUAUUGGCCACCGCCCUCGAUCUUUUUCUUUGUCUAAUCUUUUCCCUGGCUUUUUCUCAUGAGCAUCACUCAAAUCGCCCAUAAUGGCUUCGGCAACAGGAAUUCCCCAAGAACACCCAGAGACAAUUAUAUCGCGAGAUGAUGAGCCUCUAUUGGGCCGUCGAGGCGAUGUCACACAAAAGUCUGACGAGUGCAUUUAUCGGAAUCUCUUCACAGGAACCGCAAGUAUUGCGCAAGCAGGGAUUUGGAUUCUAGCGGCGUUGGUCUGGCAAGGUGUCUUAUCCCUGCCCCUCUCGUUGUUCACCCCGCAUCCACUACUCGGCAGCUCUGCCCUUCUUCUUCAAGUCCAAGCAGCUCUCAUCCUGCAACCAACCGCCACCCCGCAACAGAAGCGUACUGGUACUCUCAUCCACAACACCCUUCAACUACUCAGUGUGACCCUCUUUGUAUCAGCCUUUGUUAUCAUCGAGGUUAACAAGGGCUCUCAUCCGCACUUUGUUUCACCUCACGGCAUUCUAGGUCUGGCCACUUACAUCACUAUCGUGCUGCAAGCCGUGGUCGGUGUUAUCCAGUACUUCUUGCCGGUCACCAUCCUUGGCAGUGCCGACGCGGGGAAGCGUAUUUACAAGUAUCAUCGCCGGAGCGGCUAUGUUCUGCUACUGCUGGAGAUGGCGACUGUCGUGGCGGCGACGCAGACCACCUACAACGUGACGGCGAUUCAUAUUCCUGUAUGGGGUGUACUUGUUUCUGUCGUUUUUAUUCUCGCUGGGGUGGGUGCGAGGAUUAAGAAGCAUAAAUUGGGGCUGUGAGAUGGAGAUUGGGAGAGGAGCUAAGAGUACUGAAUCCCGUUUAUGAACCGAAUAUAUGAAGUUUCCAAUGUAAA